CAUACACAAACACACACACUCAUACAAAGACCUCAGACUUACAUGUAUGUCUAGUAUAUGAUACAAUUUACAAAUUGAAUACAACAUGUAGAACCGACCAUUACUAAAUAUGCAGAAUAUUAUAGCUGACAAGCCUAAAGGGGGGUUACUGAGAGAUCGUGACUCAAACAAAACCAAAGGUCUUUGUAAAGCCAUCUCUGAUUGGUAGAUACGUGCUGAUACCACAAAUUAAUCAUGUUCCAAAGAAAAACAAAACGUAGCAGAGUUUGAUAUAAACAUCGAAACAUCAUGCGCUAGUCGUGAUGUCACCUUUUGAAUAGGCAUUUCCCUGAUUGUCUGGCUGUAUCUCAUGCGUAUGUAUGCAAAACGACGCAGUCAUUUUCGUCCCUAUAGUUUUCUAUUGCGGAUGUGGUGGACUUGCACCAUGAUAUUUUCUCGAUUUAAGGGAAGUGUGGUCGUCUUUCGACCCUAAGUUUUGAGAGGCACAAAUCGCAACUAGGUGAGGUGUUCGAAAGAUGGGGACUCAUCCAAUGGACAAGAAAGCUGAGACUUGGAGAAGAAAGAUGGCAGGUGGAUGGCUGUUGGUCGUGUUGGGCCUGUGUUUGGCCAUAGCUCCAUCGUGUGCUGGUGAAAGUGGCGGCUACAGCCUACAGCUAGGCCUGACGCUCACACAGGGGUACUUCCCAAACAACACCUACAUCGUGAACAUCACCCGUGAUGGGGGACGUGUAGAGGAGUACAAGGGCUACCGGCAUGGCGCUGUUUUCAGCAGGGUCAGUGUGAAGGCUAUCGAUGGGGAGAACAUGCCUGUGGGCACCUUCGUGGAACUGCUCUACAGCUCCAUGAGGACCUGCACAGAAAUGAGCAGAACCGGGGCACAAGUUCUGGAGGGAACGGACUGUCCUAACCUACUGUUCCCCCUGACCCUCACAUGGAAGGCUCCAAUGUGGGACGUCGGAAAAAUAAACUUCAUGUGA